AGUCAGUUCUGAGACUAGACGUUGACCUCUAAAACUUCCAAUAAAAUUUUUAUUUCAAUUGAAUAAUAUUAGUUUUACUAAUCACUCAUCAGUAUAACCUUCAAAAUAUUAAACUUUUUCUAGUCAUAAAACCUAUACUUUAUUUUUUUAAAUCACAAAAAGUACAAAAUAAUAUGGCUUCCAUGGGUAAGAAAUUGUUUGAACAACUCAAGAGUAAAGAAUUCCGUACUUAUUUAAUGAGUACUCAUUUUUGGGGUCCAAUAGCAAAUUGGGGUAUACCAAUAGCAGCACUAUCAGAUGUUAGAAAAGAUCCUGAACUAAUAAGUGGUAAAAUGACUGGAGCAUUAUGCUUGUAUUCAAUUGCAUUCAUGAGAUUCGCGUGGAAAGUCCAACCACGUAAUAUGCUUUUGUUUGCUUGUCAUGCAACAAAUGAAGUAGCUCAAGUGGUCCAACUUUCAAGAUUCAUUAAUUAUAAUUAUUUAUCUAAUAAAGAGGAUAAAAAAAGUGAAAUAGCUUAAAUAUUCCAUUUUUUUUUCUUAUUUUGGUAUACGAUACAACAUACGUAAUUUAUUAUUUAAAUCAAAAUUUUAUUGUAAUAGGCAACAUGCAUUUAUAGAAAUGCAUAUUAACUGUUACAUAAUUACAUCUACUUGUUACUAUCGUGAACAAAUGUUGACGAUAUAAUUAUUUAAUUUAGAUAAUGUAUUCAUAUUAUUUGCUCAUUUUGUAUUUCAUUACCAUUGUAAGAAAAUGAGAUAUACUUGGCUGUUUAUAACGAUUACAAAUUGAACUUGUAUACUUUACUUUUAUUUGUUAUAAGGUUUUUUCUUAUGAUACCGUUAUUUAUUUUUAAUAAAUUAUAAUUGUAGCCUUUAA